AUGACUGGAUGGCUCGAGGUUUGAAUUUUAUUAUUUUCAAAAAGUUGAAAUAAUAAGUUCAGAUUUGCCUCCAAUGGCUCAUUCGCCUCUUCGUUGUUGCCCUGCACCUUCUGAGCUACUCUUUCAACGGGAUGUUGGUUUAUCUCAUUGUGAAAAAGAAAGGUUCUUUUCAUUUUUCGCUCUUGAAGAAAAUCCGUUUUAGUUGUGAAAACCUGGAUUUACGUCUGUAAUAUGGUGGUCGCCGAGGUUUUGCUCAAUCUCACACAACACGCCAGUGUCGAAUUCAACUGGGUCAUUGCAGACGCUUUCAAAAAUAGUGAUUUCGAUAAAAAAAAAAGCAUCCAAACAAGACAAUUCUGAUUUUAGAGCUUCACACUAGUUUCUUCGUUCAAUUCACUUCCUACGUCAAUCUGAUAGCCUUCGAAUUUCGAUAUUUCCUGACCUUACUUAUGAGUGUCAACCGACUUCUCAUCGUCCUUUUCCAGGGAGCCGACGUCAUUUUCAAAGAGAGCCAAAUCAUCUUAUUCUCCCUUUUCAUCUGGGUUUGAAAGUUCUCAUUCGAUUUCCAUUCUCAUUUUCUUCAGUUCUUCUUGGUAUUCAUGAACCUUUCAUUGUUCCUCAACAAUUGCCUGUAUUUUUUCGACUGGGAGGAGUUUCGAUGGAUUUUUCUGUGCCCAAAACCAACAGUUAAAACUUAUUUUUGAUUUUGAUAACUUUUCAAAGUUUCAGAAUCCUCUCCAUUACGUAUCCUAUUAUCUCUACUUUCUACCUAUCGCAACUUUUGUUCUUAACAUAACUGGCGUUGUUUACGUCAAGUUGAAGCGGAGCGACAUCUUCAGUUCGUUAAAAAUGAGUCAAAUUCGACUAAUUCAUUUAUUCGCAGUUCUGAGUCACAUGAUGACGGGUCUGUCGAGGAAUUCUGAGAAUAACCGGCGGUUAAGAGAAAAUUUUUUGGUUUUCCAUGCUUUUAUCAUAUCCGUGAUAAUGUCAAUCGACUCCAUUUACACUUUGCUUCACAAUCAACUAGCAGCGGUCCCUUUCAACUUAUUUCUUUUUUAAAUGAAACAAAAGGUUUCCAGCAGUUUCGAGGACUUUCGCCUGUCGUGAAAGAGCUCCUGGGCUCUUCUAACCUCUAUAUAUCGUCUCUCAUCAAUUUCCUCAUUUAUUUCGCCUGCAAUUCCAACAUCAGACAGAAUGUCCUGACGAUAGUUCUGCGUCGUCCGAGAAUCUUUCCCAAUGGUCGAACAAUUGUCAUCCCCAACUCCCUAUGA